UAGGAAGAGACGGACUGAGUGUACAGAGUGGCGGUACACGGGGCGCGAGAAAAGCAGUAGUGUGCCGUGGACCACCGCACUGGCAUACCGUGGUUCGUUACGAUUCCCUUAGUACAGCUUGCGUACUUAUCCAACGUCAUCGGCGAUUCACAUUUUCUCAAGUGCUAGUGCAGUGAAGAUCGAACGACCAACCGUCAAGCUCGGUCAUUAUCAAGUAGCUUUCAUUAACGCAGUCAUUUAAUUGCCUAUUAGAAAUUUAUCAUUGCUAGAUAUAUAUAGUAUUAUUAUUUAUUUGUUCCAUAUAUAUUUGUAUAAAGAUAAUAAUAAACAGAAGGUGCUUGCGAUUUAAAAACCACAUCGAUACCUUGCAUCAGGUCUUUAAAGAAAGGUCGCGUGCCGUUGGCCGCACGGGACACCCGAAGCGGCGUUUAUAGCCCGUCUUAUUGCCCAGUUUAUUACAUCGUAACGGCUUAACGAUAAUCGGCCACACGGGCCGACGAUUUCUCCGCAGAGAUCAUCCGGUUGAACAGAACCAUAAACACACGUUGUCAUGAGCUACCCAAAUACGUGUUACGCUCUUUUUAACUAUUGACGAUUGACAGAGCAAGUUUAGCUCACCGGCCGCCGAUGACUUUUACGACCUCGCGGCCGGUUUUACCUUGUUUUAACUUAGUGGUAUCUGUCUCAUUGACACUUUAUUGUUUUAUCAUUAUUAACUGGUGAUCAUUAUUGUUGAUAGUAAUAAUAAAAUAAAUCGUGUGAUUGGAGUUAAAUACCCGAUAAUAUACGAUUGAGUUUUUUUUCGUGUUAACCGGUGUUUGAGUGCAAGUGUGUUCAAGAUACCCGGGAUAAUGAACUCAUACUUCGAGCAGAGCGCGAGUGGCUUCUACGGAAGCCACCAUCAUCAGACAAGUGCAGCAGGUCAACAUCAUGAUCCAGCGACCGCCGCAGCCUACAGCCGAUUUCCACUUGGUCUGGGAAUGUCACCGUACGCAUCCAGCCAACAUCAUCACCACACAUCCAGCGGUCUUGGGAUCCAUCCUGGGAGCGGGACUAAUACCAGGCCACCCCAGGAUUCCCCGUAUGACGCGAGUGUCGCGACUGCCUGCAAGUUGUACUCGUCAACCCCUGAAGCGACUGGACACACGACAUCCUCGUAUUCGAGCGCAGCAAUAAAGGAUUGCAAGCAACAGGAACAGGCUGUCGCUGCUGCUGCAGCGGCUCACCAAAAUGGGUAUGCAGCAGUGAUGGCUGCAGCCGCUGUCAAAGACGUUUGGCAGUCAGCGACGUCAGGCGCCAAUGGCCAAAGCAAUCCGGUGGUUCGUCCAUCCGCGUGUACGCCUGAAGGCACGCGAGUCGGCAGCUACGGCGGUCUCGUGGGCGGCGAUCCCGCCUCGAGUCCCGGUAACAACGGCUCCUCGAGGUCCCUGACUUCCUCGUGGAACACCUGCAGUCUUAACUCCACCGCGAGCCAACCGGUCGCCACUCAACUACACCAACAACCCACUGGUAACCAUACCUUCUACCCCUGGAUGGCCAUAGCAGGUAAGGACGAUAUCGCUAAGCCGCAUUGGACAUGGUUGCAAGGUGCGAAUGGGCUACGCAGGCGCGGUCGUCAAACCUACACGCGUUACCAAACAUUGGAGUUAGAAAAAGAAUUUCACACGAACCACUACCUCACAAGGCGGAGACGGAUUGAGAUGGCGCACGCGCUAUGUUUAACAGAAAGACAAAUAAAAAUAUGGUUCCAGAAUCGGCGGAUGAAAUUAAAAAAAGAAAUUCAAGCAAUCAAAGAAUUAAACGAACAGGAAAAACAGGCACAGGCGCAAAAAGCGGCAGCAGCAGCUGCGGCGGCAGCGCAUCAGCAGCAAGGGGGUGGUGGAGGCCCCGAGGGGGGCAACUAGGGGUACGCCUUGCACCGGAGCCCCCCUGACCACCCCAAUGCCAAUCCGCACCAUUCUCUGUUAGCACCGCAAUGUACACAGCUAUACUAAGGUGAGUGGCAGGCUGCUCCAACCGUUUUUAUAAUGCCAAAUAGGUGUCGAUGUGCUGUCCCAAUCCGUCGGAAGUCAGUUUAUCGGUUGCGGCGAAUGGAUGCUGCAUCCGGUGAGUGACGAACCCCCGGAGCCUCCCGUAGUGAACUUAUGACGCAACCUCACCUCCUGAACAGCUAAAAAAAUACCCCACAGACCAAAUCAGCCAUGCCCGAGUACGGUACAUUUGUAUGCCAAUUAGAAUCGCCAGUAGGUUUUUGGAACUAUAAUAGUCCUAUAGCUUUAGGUUGUUAAUUAUUUGUUUUGUUUCUUAAUAGUGCAUCGGCAUCCGUAGUAUUAAUUUUUUAGUCGUGAAUAAAAGUGAGUGAAUUUUACCUGUACCGGGAUCGUGCAACUAAAUUCGAGCGGACAGAGUGAUAUAAGUUUUUAAAAUAAUUAAAAUAAAAAAUGAUGUUAUCGAAUGGGAGUAAAAAAAGUUGUCUAUUAAUACAUCGAUAGACAUAUAUAUUAAUUUUAAUGAGAGCCGUGGGCUCAUACAUCACGAAAUAUGUAUAAAAAUUGAAAAUAAAAAAAAAACCAACAGGCUAUUAUAAUGGUAUUUCGUACGUACUUUAGAAUUUAUUAAAAUAAUUUAGAAAAUAUUAAUUGAAUAUACGUGAAUUUUAUUCCUAGGAUAUAAUCCUAGUUAACAUUUAAUAAUAUGUAAAUUUUCGAACAAGACAGUGUACAAAGUUAUCAAGAUUUUUUAUGUUUUAUUAAUUAUUAUGUUGUCAAUAUUAUUAUUAUUAUUAUUAUUAUUAUUAUUAUUAUUAUUAUUAUUAUCAUGAUUAUUAUUAUCAAUAUUAUUAUAACUAUUAAUUAUUAUUAAUAUCGGCGAUUAUCAUCAUUAUUAUAAUUAUCAUUAUUAUUUUCACUAUUAUUAUUAUUAUUAUUAUUAUUAUUAUUAUUAUUAUUAUUAUUAUUAUUAUUAUUAUUAUUAUUAUUAUUAUUAUUAUUAUUAUUACUAUUAUUACUAUUAAUAUUAUUUUUUGUAAUUAUUUAUUUGCUAAAAAGCAAAAAAAAAAAAUAUAUGUUUAAGUGCCCAGCGCGUCCGUUAGUAAAAAUAUAUGAGUACUAGUUUUGUUAUUCUUUUGUUAUACUUUUUUAUUAUCUACGACAAACGUGGACAGGGAGUUUUUGUCAUUGUUUCUGAUUAUAAUAAAUUCAAACUAUUUUGUUUGAUUAAGUAUUAGUGUAAUUUAUGGUGAAAAUAAAAUUUUUUCGUAUAAAAAAAAUUGACAUAAUUAUUAAACUAAAAAAUUGAACAUAUAUAUAAAUUUUAAAAACGUUUUGUUAUUAGGGUACACUAUAAAAAAUUUUCGGAGUGAACGCGGAUUAUAUCCACUCCGGUUUGGAAAAAAUCCGGAUUUGAAAAAAGUCCAGAUCACGCGUAAAAAAAAAAAUUUUAUUCACUCCAUAAACGGAAUGAUUUUUUAAACUCCGCUUAGGGUGGAGUAAAUUUUAAUUGAAAUAAAAUCCGAAUUCGCUCCAAGUUUUUGCAGUGUAAAAAUUAAAUAAUGAGAUAUUCGCUCAGUGUCGAAUCUUGUAGAGGGGAGUGGGGCAAAAUGGGCCUCGAGAAAAAAGGGUUUAAAUGUAAGCCCAUUCUGCCUCACUUUUUUCUACCCUUCUGUAAAAAUAUUAAAAAAUGAUAACAAUAAAUAUAUAUUGGGAAAAAAUUGGAUUUUUUUAGUAGUAAAGUACGAUCUGGAAUGAAAAUAAAACGAUUUAUAAAAAAAACGACAUAGCUACAUGUACGUACCUAAUUAAUACCUCUGCGUUAGUGUUGCAACAAUCGAAUGAAAUAAUCGGUCGUUGACAAUCGAUUACAAUCGAACUGAAAGUAUUGACAGAGUCCAUCAAUCAUUUGCAAAUAAUCGAUUUUUCGAAUGAUCGAUUAUUUCAAUUUUAAAAAUCGAUUGUUUGUUAAAACUAACUUCAAAGUUGCAAAAUCGCAUGAUAAACAAUCGAUUGUGAAAUAAUCGAUUUUAUGUUUUUAAAAUAUCAGUUUUGGAAUUUUUAUUUUCCUAAUAAUUUUUUUUUGUGUCUACGAUUUUAAGACAAUCGAUUGUUCAAAGACUUCGAGUUUAGAGUCGCACAAUCGAAUUGCUAACAAUCGAUUAUUAUAAUUCUAAUAAUUAAUUUUUUUUAAAAUUGAUUUCCUAUCGAUAAAUCGAAGAUAUGUAAUCAACUAAGAAAUCGAUUGUUGAAAUUGAAAAAUCGAUUAGUUGAUUAAUCGAUUGUGAAAUAAUAGAUUUUAUGUUUUUAAAAUAUCAGUUUUGAAAUUUUUAUUUUUUUAAUAAUUGUUUUUUUUGCUUCUUCGAUUUUAAGAAAAUCGAUUGUUCAAUGACUUCAAGUUUAGCGUCGCACAAUCGAAUUGCUAACAAUCGAUUGUUAUAAUUUUAAUAAUUAAUUUUAAAAAAAUUGAUUUACCAUCGAUAAAUCAAAGCAUAUAUAAUCGAUUAAAAAAAUUAAUUGUUGAAACUAAAAAAUCGAUUAUUUGAUUAAUCGAUUGUGUCCUUGCAACACUAGCAGAGUCAUUCUGCGUCUAUCAAAAACCAAUAAAAAAAAAUCCAGCCCGAAAAAAAAGUCGUGGCGAUACUCAUAUAGUAAAUUUAAUCUAUAGGUAAUGAUUGUAUACGAGUAGCCGCUAAGUAAAGUCAUUGAAAAAAUGGUGGAAGGCUGAUAAAGGAUAAACAUUGAACUGUAAAAGUAGAUAAAAAAAUACAGUAUUUAUAAGAGGACUGUAAUUUGAAUAAUUAUUUAAUUUAUAAAACUUCGGAACGAGCUCUCUAAUCACUCCAGUGGUACUAUAUACGUAAUUAGGUAAUUAGACUCACUUAUAAUUGGAGUUGAUGGUUUGACGUUUAUAGUAAUUGUGUUUUUGUGUGAAUGUUACGUACAAAAUUCGUUAUUAUUAUUUUAUUUUAUUUUUUUUUUAUUGUAAUAUAUUUAAAUAAUAAAUAAAUAUUCACAAAAGAAAACUCGAUUCUGAUGAUAAAUGUAUUUUUAAAGUGAUCAGGGCUGAAUUUGCCUUUUGUGACACAUGUACUGAAAGAGGGUAAUUUUAAUUAAGACGGUUGCGGUUUUGAGUGUCACUGUACUGUUACGCUGAUUAUAUAAUUGCUAAAAAAUGAAAACAAAAUAAACAUGAAUUC